UGGGGGGUAGUCACGUCACACACACGGGGAGGCACCUAGAGCAGUAGAGCUAGCAGCACUGACUCAAAAUCAAAAGUGUGUUCCUGUACUCCUUCCUAGCUACUCUGAAUGCGGCAUUGCAGUGAGAGCACCCUAAUCUAAUCUUACUACUGGCUUUCCCUCGUACUCCGUACACUGCGGGUGUAGCUUUUAUUUUAUAUUAUAUUCACCGGAACGGCGCAGGGAAGCAGGCAUCAUCUACACAUACACACACACACCCCAGUCCUGGCUGAUCCGGAGGCAUUCACUCACUCACUGCUGCUGCUCACAGUGCUCGCGUCCGGCUCGCACCGCUCUGCAGACGACUGCCUCCUCUGUCCUUCCUUCCUUCCUUCCCUUGCCAGUGGCAGGCAGAGGAUCUGCAGUGCCUGCCGUCCAGCGCCAGCCCGACCGACCCCUCCUGCCGCACAGCACAGAGGGAGGGGGGAAACGCAGGAUCAUCAGCUAGCAUGGUGCAGCAGUCAAAGAAGAAGAAGUUCCGCGGCGUCAGGCAGCGCCACUGGGGCUCCUGGGUCUCCGAGAUCAGGCACCCGCUGCUCAAGAGGAGGGUGUGGCUGGGCACCUUCGAUACCGCGGAGGAGGCGGCGCGGGCGUACGACGAGGCCGCCGUCCUCAUGAGCGGCCGCAACGCCAAGACCAACUUCCCCGUAGUGCCCUGCGGCAGGACGCGCGGCGGCGGCGGCGGCGCCUCGUCCGGCAACAACACCAACGCCAGCGCCAGCGCCAGCGCCAGCACCAGCACCAGCAGCCUGUCGCAGUCGCAGGUCCUCAGCGCCAAGCUCCGCAGGUGCUGCAAGGCGCCGUCGCCGUCGCUCACCUGCCUCCGCCUCGACCCGGAGAGGUCCCACAUCGGCGUCUGGCACAAGGGCGCCGGCGCGCGCGCCGACUCCAGCUGGGUCAUGACCGUCCAGCUCAGCGACAAGGACGCCGCGCCGGCGCCCAGCGCCACGUCGUCCACGGCCACGACGGCGACGGCUGCCUCGCCUCCUCCGGUGGUGGUGGUGGACGACGAGGAGAGGAUCGCGCUGCAGAUGAUCGAGGAGCUGCUGGGCGGCGGCGGCGGCGGCGGCCCGGUCUCGCACCCGCAUGGGAAUGGUGGGAUGCUCCAGAUCGCGGCAGCAGGCGGCGGCCUCGUCAUCUGAAGACCGGCCGGACAACAACGGAAAUUGCAUUGCAUGCAUGCAUGGUUCGUUCAGCAAGCUACAAUUAAGUUUGAUCGGCCGGAUCAAGUAUUUGGUACACACAAGAGUCGUCGAAAGUAGUGUGGUUGGUGCAGAAAGCAGUUGAGAUUGCAUCAUACAUAUGUAUCUCUAUUACUAGCUAGCUAGCUACAUCAGUCAAGCUUAUUAGGAGAGAGAGACCAUAUAGUAAGUAAUUAAUCUUAAUCACUUCAUUCCCUGUGAAGCUCUGUAUCUAUAUAUUAAAAGGCUUACUUGUAUGUAUAUAAGCAUGCAGCCCUUUGUUAUACAUGUAUCAAUAAUAUCAGGCUAUAUAUAAUUAUAUAUCAAUAUCAGCGUGUCCCCUCCUA